CCAAAUCUGAAAAUGCGGGAGUUGUUCCUUGAAAAUCUACAAAUUUUCAGAAAAUGGAGAGAAACGAGGGUCAAAAUUCCAAGUGGGAUGAAAAAAGUCAGGAAUCCGAUGUUUCUGUCACAGAUGAGAUUGAAACCAACAGAACAUUCAACACUUCUGAUAUCGCUGAAGUCGCUGUCACUGAGACAGCUUCUACCAGCUUGAAAGCAGACUCGAUCACACCUACUGAUACUUCUUCCAAUGUCAUGAGAAAUGUUACAGCUUCUUCAACCAAUGCAAUAAUGGGCCUUGUGAAAGCAAGUCCAAAUGUUUCACGGAAAGUAUUUGGUAAUACAGAAACAAAUAAAACCGACGAAACAACCCUGAGCAAAGCUACUGAAUCAACUACGACAAACAUCAAAAGCUUAGAGAAUGAUAAACCAGAAUUAGGUUUGAACAAUGCUUCAGAGAGUCCAAUUGAUCUGAACAAUUCCAAUAUAAGUUCAGAUAAUGAUCUGAACAAAGAAGAUGAGGACUCUGCUAAUGCAAUCGUGGAGGCUAGUCUGAAAAAAUCUGCUACGAUCUCAGAUACGACAGGAAGCUCUCAGAUAACCGUAAACAACUCUACUGCUAUCUCCACCAAUACUGAUGAUCAAGCACAAAAUAAAGCCAAUAAAAUUAUACGUUUCUCAGAAGAAGUGAAAAAUAACAGCUCAGGUGCAAAGCCUUCAUUCAGGGUUGAACAUCAUCCUAGACGAUCUAGAGAUAGACAGAGAAAACCAGAAGGACGAGCACAAACUUCGAGUAAAGGAUCUCGGAGUAGGUCUACAGAAGGAAGGAAGGAGACCAAGAACAGUAUUAUGAUGACAAGAAGUAGAAGUAGAAGUAAGGAGGCUAGAGGUAGAUCUACGGAGAUAAGAGGGAAAGCUCCUGAGGCUGGAGGGAAAGCUGCGAGAAGUAGAAGCUCCUCCAGGAAAAGGUUGAAGAAAGAUAAAGCUGACCCUAAGCCUGGCAGCUCAGCAGCUAAUCUUACACCAACACUCAUCAAACAGAAAAUUAGGUGUUCCACUACAAAGUGUCGGAAGAAACUAGGUCUAACAUCAUAUCCCUGCAGAUGUUUGAAGUAUUUUUGCUCUAAUCAUAUUUCAAGCAGUGAACAUGAAUGCGAGUACAACUAUCAUGAGGAAGCAAAAUCGAAUAUAAGGAAACAGAACCCGAGGAUCAAUGGAGAGAAGAUUAAGAAAAUAUGAUUUCAAAUUUUUUUUUUUUUUAAAUUCAUUUAUACGAUUAAAUUGAAGUGUUUCAUUGCAUUCAUUAUUAAUAUAAAUUCAUUGUUUA